CAAAAAUUAAAAAGUCGCAAACAAACAAAUUUAAGAUACAUAAAUGUUUCAACAAUUUAAAGUAGGAACUGGCUUUUUACUUUUUUAAAUCAUUUUUUCCUCUUGUAAUGCACAAUCCAAUAAAUUUUAGUUUGGAGAUUAUUAGCGAUGAUCCAUAUAAUUUCACAGACAUGAUUCAUAGAAGAAAACAAUAAAAGACAUAUGGGUGGACAAACAGAAAUACCAAGGUAUUAUUUUCAUGAACAACCAAAGGAAACGAAAGCAACUGGAAACAUUUAAUCUUUGAAACAAAAAAAACCUCAAGACAAAUGUUAAACCCUAGUCCUGAGGUACUUGUGGACAAAGUUGCUCACCUGUCAAUCAAAGGGUUCUCAAAAUAUCAGAUGGAAGGUUUAACAGCUCAACACUAUUUGGAAUGUGGUACUGAAGACUGUGAGAACAACUGUCAGUUUUACUGCAAUGAUUGUCACCGACCAAUGUGUGAACAAUGCAGAGAUGAACAUAAUAAGAGUUCAGAAACUAAGAACCAUGAAGUAGUCUCCUUCCUACAGCAUAAACGUCAUCUUCCUGUGGACAAAUGCAAGCUCCAUCCAACUCGAAAUGCAGAUAUUCUAUGCAAUGAAUGCAACAUCCCUCUAUGUUCAAAGUGCACAACCAUGGAAGAACACUUCGGCCAUAAAUUUGUUGAUAUGGAGGAUAUCGAUGCAGAAAAGUUUGCAUUUUGUCUAGAUGAAAUCUCCACAAUCCAACAAUAUUUCCUUCCAACAUCACAAGGUUUAAAAAUGGAAACAGAUGAAGAUGGCAAAGAAGUAAAGAAAAUCAUGGAUGGUAUCAGAAACGCCAUAGAGGCAGAAGCAAAGUCUCUGAAAGACCUGGUAGAUAAGGUGACAUCAGACAAAUUGGAACAAGCCAAUGCCAUAGAAAAGUCAUUACUUAAAGUGUUAAAACAACAGGAAAAAUCAUACCAUGAUUACAAUAAGUACAUUAAAAACCUUUUAAAAGAGUUUCAUGGCUACCUCCCUCUAAGCAAUUUCAAAGUUUUAUUAUCUGCCAAUUUUGAAAACUCGAAAAUCCAAUCUAUACCAGAGACUACUAAACCAGUCCCACCAGUGUUUACUGCUGGUCAAUUCACCUAUGAUGAUGUCAGCAAGUUACUUGGAAAUAUAGGUGUUCCAAACAUUAAACCUUAUAAAAGAAAAAUAAAACCCAUGGCUACUUCACCAACACAGCUGAAACCUACAGGGAAAGAGAUGUUCGAGCAAGAUAGAAAGAAAUCUGAUGUAACACAAACACUGUCUCUGUCUUCCUCUGUUACCAAGGUCAGGGAGUACACAGUUUCAUGUGUUAAGAGUGUAUAUCAUAUAUCACUAGGUAAAUCAGGCAAACUCUGGGCCAGUGACGAAAAUGGUAACCUUAUCCAAACAGAUUUACAGGGGAAUCAGCUACAGAAGAUUCAAACCAGUGGUGGAUCUGAAGGCUACCACACAGUCAUAAAGGACGGGGUUCUGAUCUAUACAGACAGAAAAAAUAAAGUCAUCAACUGGAUAACAGAGAAUAAAACAAUCAUUGAAUUCAUUAGAACAGGAGACUGGGAACCAAUCAGCAUACACUCCUCCUGCAUCAACGGGGACAUACUGGUGGGGAUGAGAAAGGAUGGAGAGGCUAAAGUCACCAGGUAUAACAAGACAGGAGAAGAGAUACAUAACAUAUUGAUGAACAACAAAGGACAGGAACUGUUUAGUGAUCCACGCUACAUCACAGAAAACAUCAAUGGUGAUAUCUGUACAUCAGACUUGGACAAACGAAUUGUAGUGGUGGUGAAUAAAUCAGGACACUACAGGUUUUCCUACCCAGAUCCGGGGCUAGAGUUGUUAUGGUUUUGUCCCUUGGGUAUUUGUACUAAUCUCCUCGGUCACAUCAUUGUUUGUGAUAGUUAUUUUAUGAAUAAGAAAGUUGACAUCUUAGAUCAGGACGGUCAGUUUUUGUCUCGACUUACAACACAACAAGGGGUAGAGUAUCCCCGUGGUGUAUGUGUUGAUGAUGAGAACUAUCUCCAUGUGGGACAACAUAACACCAACACGGUGACAGUGUACAAGUAUCUACAGUGAUUCUCUCUAUGGAUGUCAAACAUCAGAUAUCAAAUCUGAAUAUUGUUUACUUACCUUUGUAGUAUAAAAAUGCAUUAUUUGAAUGAGCUUAUUCUCUUGCACUCUAAAUUCUAAAACCUCACAGACUUUAUUAUAUAACAGUAUCAUAAAUGUUUACUUUUUCUGUUUAUUUUUUUAAAUGCAACAUUUUUUUUGCAUACAUG